AGCCGUUCGAAGCCCCAGGUGCUCAAAGAGAAAAAGAUCCACCAGAUCCAAACCAUCUUCAACCUGCUGGACUCGAAAGACACCGGCACCAUCAACUUCGCUCAGUUCCGAGCAGGCCUGCGGGCCCUGGAGCUCGAGAUGAAGGAGACGGAUAGCAAGAGACUGUUUGAGACGCUCGACGACGGCCAUGGCGUCGAGGUGGAGGAGUUCACAGAGCAGUACAUGAGGGAAGCGAUUAUGCGGCGGCUGGCCAACAACGAUCCGACGCAGCUCACUGCAGAGAUUCGCAACGUUUUCAACCUCUUCGACGAUGAUGGGUCUGGAGAGCUGGAGGCCCAAGAGAUUAUGGCGGCCUUUCGCAGGCUUGGGUUGGAGAUCACCAUGGAGGAAGCGCAGGAGAUGGUGGACGAAGCAGACGCAGAUGGGAACGGUGAG